UGUCCGGGAGAAAACUUCGGACAAAUCGGUCCAAUUCGACCGGAACACAGCAGGAGGGUUACAAUUAUACACCAAAGUUAUACCAAAUCGAAGGAGAACGGUUGAACGGACUGAAAAAUAAGAACAACCUUACAUUAUGAUACAGAAGGGAGGGGAAAUGUAGCUAUAACAUUUGAAUCUACACCCCGGGGAGCGAUGCAGGCUGUGGAGAUUUCCGGUGUACAUUAUUAGUGGAUGGCGUUCCGCUCUCAUCUCGCCACCGUCCUCCGCCAGCCGAAAUAAUUAUCGGAAGGUCGACUCCUGUCCUGGCACCAGAGGAAGAUGACUGAGAGCCAUAGCGAAAUGGUUUCUGCCCUUUUACUAGUGGACGACCAGAGGUGUAUCACCUAUUGAUAAGAGCCAGUAGAAAACACACCUGUUGGACAUCACCAGCCCGACCAAAACCUGCCCCCAUAGCCGGGCCUUAUUGGAUACCCCUGGGCCUCCCCUUCACACAGUCAAAACUGAAUCAAUACGCGCGAAGCAGCAGGAUGACUGAGGCGUGGCAGCAGCACGCAGUGGCCCCCCCACCCACCGUGGUGCACAACCUCCCCCCGGGCUCCGACAGCGCCCUGGGCUGUGCCGUGUACGGGAUCGUCCUCCAGCCGGAUGUGGCAUCCCUCCAGCAGCAGCCCCAGCACGGCCAGCAGCACGCCGUACCCGCCCAGCAGCCUUCCCUACAGGUAGGAGGCGAGGGAGGGCACAAGUGCGGCGCCUGCGGCCAUGACAUAUCCCACCUAGCUAAUCCACAUGAGCACCAGUGUAUGGGGACCGGGGAUCGGUCGUUCCAGUGUACCCAGUGUAUGAAGAUCUUCUGCCAGGCCACUGAUCUGUUGGAGCAUCAGUGUGUACAGGUGGAGCAGAAGCCGUUUGUGUGUGGCGUGUGUAAGAUGGGUUUCUCUUUGCUCACCUCGCUGGCACAGCACCACAACGCCCACAACAACGGCAACAACCCCAUGAAGUGUUCCAUCUGUGAGAAGACCUACCGCCCAGGUUCUGGCAACAACACCCCCACCUCCUCCGCCGCCAACCCGUCCACCGGCGAGGCCUCCAGUGGCGGUGCAGCGUGCGGAGCGUCAGCCCCUACGGCGUUUGAGGCUUCGGGACCGGACAGGCCCUACAAGUGCUCGGUGUGCCACAAGGGCUUUCGGCAUCUGUCUGAGCUGUCGCGACACGAGCGGGUGCACACGGGAGAAAAGCCUUACAAGUGUGACACCUGUGACAAGAGCUUCAGCCAGUCGUCUCACCUGGCCCACCACCAGCGCACCCACAGCUCAGAGCGGCCCUACAAGUGUGCCGUCUGCGAAAAGUGCUUCAAGCACCGCUCACACCUCGUGCGCCACAUGUACGCCCACUCCGGCGAGCACCUGUUCAAGUGCAAUUUGUGCGAGAUGCACUUCAAGGAGUCGUCGGAGCUGCUGCACCACCAGUGCCAGCCCACAGUGACGUUGGACAGGCCGUUCCGCUGCGGCUCGUGUGGGAAGGGCUUCAAGCGGCCUUCGGAUCUGCGGCAGCACGAACGCACGCACUCCGAGGAACGCCCGUUCCAGUGCGAGGAGUGCCAGAUGAGCUUCAAGCAGCAGUACGCCCUCGUUCGUCACCGCCGCACUCACAAGAACCCGGCCGACCGGCCUUUUAAGUGUAACCUAUGCGACAAGGGUUUCCUGCAGCCCUCCCACCUGCUGUACCACCAGCACGUCCAUGGCAUGGAGAGCCUGUUCAAGUGUGCUUCCUGCCAGAAAGGCUUCAGCCAAUCCGGUGAACUGCUCCGGCACAAAUGCACCGGCUCCGGGUCGGCGUCUGGCUCCGUGACCGCGGCCACGCCGGCGGUGGAGAAGCCCUACAAGUGUGACGUGUGUGGCAAAGGCUACAAGAAGAAGUCGACGCUCCAGCGCCACCAGAACUCCAGCUGUCAGGAGAAGCCGCUGAAGUGCUCCCUGUGCAACCGACGCUUCCUGUCGCCGUCUGAGUUCGUGACGCACCGCUGCGACCCGUCACGGGAGAAGCCCCUGAAGUGCCCCGACUGCGAGAAGCGCUUCAAGUAUUCCUCGGAGCUGCAGCGGCAUCGCCGCGUUCACACCGGAGAGAAGCCUUACAAGUGCUCCAGCUGCGACAAGAGCUUCAAACAGCGGGAGCACCUGGUGAAGCACCAGGCGGUGCACUCGCGGGAAGCCCAGUUUAAGUGCGUGUGGUGCGGGGAGCGUUUUGUGAACCUGGGAGCCCUCCAGGAGCACACGGUCCAGCACACUGCAGAAGGAGGCGGUUAUCCCACGGCACCGUGUAUCCAGUGAGCAGGUCUGCUGCUGUUUGAGUGCCUGUACAGUGUGAAAACACGCGGUGACAUGGAACGUUGCUCGCCAGGCAUGCAGCAACACUCUUCCUGACACCUUGUUUGUAUAUAACCACACAUUCAUUAUUUACAUUUAGUUACACACCCGCCCCCCCCUCCCUCCCCCACUCCUUUUGCAUAAACAAUGGUAAAACUCUGCUUAAUCCUAACCAUGAAGUUAUUAUUGACACCUUCUUCCUCACACCAAGGUAAUCGUGCCCAUGUUCUGCCCUUCAUUAGUGACUUCCAACUACCCAUGACCCAGAUCAACUGAAAACAGUACAUCAACUACCCAUGACCCAGAAUAACUACCCAUGACCCAGAUCAACUGAAAACAGUACAUCAACUACCCAUGACCCAGAUCAACUGAAAACAGUACAUCAACUACCCAUGAUCCAGAUCAACUACCCAUGACUCUGAUCAACUGUGGUCACCUUGUUGGAUGCAGGAAAAAUGCAACUUGAAAAGGAAUCUUUCAAUCUGAAAAGGCCUUGGAAAUGUAUUCAUGCGUUGUAACAUCAAAUACUUAGGAGUUGCUUUUUAAAACAAUUAUGGAACUUAUUCUCUGACUCCUUUAUGGUCAUAUAAUUUCUUUGCUGUGGUUUUGGGUUCAAGUUUUGGCCACACUACGUGUUGAACUCCCCCCUUAACCCUCUGGUUGGCUGUUAGUAAUGCCCAAUAAACCCCACCCCUCAUAGACUUAAAUAUACGUUUCUGCAUGAGUAUAUUUAAGCAAUAUGGCCCCGAGGGGUUGUGGGUUAUGGCCAAUAUACCACGGCUAAGGGCUGUUCUUAUGCACGAUGCAAUGCGGAGAGCCCUUAGCUGUGGUAUAUUGGCCAUAUACCCACAACCUCCUUGAGGUGCCUUUAUAAACUGGUUAUCAAUGUAAUUAGAGCAGUUCAAAUACAUGUUUUGUUAUACCUGUAGUAUACCACGGCUGUCAGCCAAUCAGCAUUCAGGGCUCGAACCACCCAGUUUAUAAUUGUGAAAUAUGUUUAUAUUUAGCAUCACUGUUGUACUGUAGUAGCUUAGGUUUGCUUAACAAAAAGAAGAAGGAAAAAAAUGUGACAAGUUAUAUCUUGUGUCCUCUUUGGAAAUCUGUGGUAGAUAAACUGUCUCAUCUCUGUACUAUAAUGAAUAGCAACUACUGUAGUAUGUGUCAAUGGGAAUAUUUCCCCGCAUUCUGGACUACUUUGGCUCCCUAUGUCAUAGAAAUAAACACAUACCAUAUCUCUCCGUCAACGUGGGGCUGCCGAGUGGCACUGCAUCUCAGUGCUAGAGGUGUCCCUACAGACCCUGGUCCGAUUCCAGGCUGUAUCACAACCGGCCGUGAUUGAGAGUCCCAUAGGGGGCGGCGCACAAUUGACCCAGCGUUGUCCGCGUUUGACCCGGGGGGUUAGGCCCCGUCAUUGUAAAUAAGAAUUUGUUCUUAACUGACUUGCCUAGUUACAUCAAAUAAAAUGUAGGGUUAGGGAAUGGGCCGACGAUGCUCACAACCUCUGAAUCCUCUACGUACUGUUUGUACAUAAAUACGACACGCUAACAUAUUAACAAACUUAGUGGUAGAAGUUGUCAAAAUGUGUUGGAAGAACUGCUUCUGCCACCUGCUUUUCUACCCAGUUGAGUUGAGAUUGUUUUGUGUUUUUGUAUUUAAGCAAAAAAAGAGGUGUGGAGGACAUCCUCCGGUCCGGUGGCAUUGUCCUCCCGACAGGUGGGAUCACUCCUACGCUACGCUCGUCCCUCAACCCACAGAGCAGACAGUUGGUCGUAAGACAACAGCCCACUGGUUUUUUGUUUAAACCAGUAAUGUCUACAUCUGGAUUUCAACCUAGCAGUUAUCGUGUGAUUUAAAAAAAUAAAAUAAAAAAUAAAAAAACACACAUCAAUCUCUUUAUAUCAUGACUUUCAUUUGGACAUGUUGGCCUUGGUUUGUGCCUAGGAGGUCUUCAUGUAAACCCUGCCACGUUUAGGGUCCCAAUUGCACAAAUUGUUCCCUCAGUUGCCCCUGAAAUAGCUGUGAGAGGACUUGUAUGUUAGUAUGUCUAUAUGUUGAGGUGGAGAAGAAGGAAGUAUGUGAUUAUGUAUGCAAGUUUAUACAUAUGUUUUUUUUUUAUAUAUUGUUUUAUGAUAGUGUAUUUGGAAGAGAAAAAAAAAGAAACCGUAUGCUCACAAUGUGUAUUUGGAAUGAGGAUAUGAAACUGAAAGGUUAGCAGUGAGAAUGUCAUGUGGUGCAUUCAUCCUAAAUGGCACCCUAUUCCCUAUGUAGUAUACCAGGGUCUCUGGUCAAAAGUAGUGCAAGCUAUAGGGAGUAGGGUGCAACUUGGGAAGAAGUUUUAUGUUUGACCUGGGUAGGAUGAUGAGGUAGUCAAGCACUUGUGUCUCCAGCUAGGCUAUGAGCGUGUUUAACACUUGUGUCUGCAGCUAGGCUAUGAGCGUGUUUAACACUUGUGUCUGCAGCUAGGCUAUGAGCGUGUUUAACACUUGUGUCUCCAGCUAGGCUAUGAGCGUGUUUGACACUUGUGUCUCCAGCUAGGCUAUGAGCGUGUUUGACACUUGUGUCUGCAGCUAGGCUAUGAGCGUGUUUGACACUUGUGUCUCCAGCUAGGCUAUGAGCGUGUUUGACACUUGUGUCUCCAGCUAGGCUAUGAGCGUGUUUGACACUUGUGUCUCCAGCUAGGCUAUGAGCGUGUUUGACACUUGUGUCUGCAGCUAGGCUAUGAGCGUGUUUGACAUCGCAGCCAAAACAUUUUUUUAAAGGCGUGAACGACUAAUCUACAAAUCACCUUGAAUCAUAAUUAACUACUCAAGUGUUAGUUGCAGAUCGGUCAGUCGGUCACAAUUUCCCCAUGAUGCAUCACGGUUUUGAUGCUCUCGACAGGCCUUCUGCAUGCCAACGCUGGUCAAAUAUGUCCCAGUCUGUGCGUCUGCCUCUGCUGCCAUCAAUUUUUGUCAACUGGGAGAUAUAGACGAUGACAUCAUUCUGUGGCUUAAUCUCUGUAGGCUACAUUCAAUCUUGAAUGAUAUGUACAGUAUAUCAUGUUCAUAUACACACUGCACUAACAAAAUAAACUCAUCUUACAAUAU